UUUGUGUUUACAUUCGAAGCGCGACCGACGUGUGACAUAUUGCUGUUGUUCUGUUUUGGUUUGACUUUUUUACGUGUGUGAUCGCUCUUGGACAAUGACAGCACAAUCAUCGGCCCCCACAGCCGGUUCCAGCAAUACGAGGGUUACGAUUCCGUCAGGGCCUACUCAAGCCGUAACAAUCCGAUGGAGAAUUAAAAUCAACACCGCAUUCAUCAGUUCGCGAUCGUGAACAAGUGGGAUCGGUUUGAGAAUUAGACUUUUCCGUUCCGAAUUCGUUCUCUCGGGGAGCAGUGCGCGGUUCGCGAACCGGUUGAGCGGUGUAAUUUGUUGAGAUCUCAAUCUCGUUGGCGAUUCGGUGAUUCGCGGUAACAUAUGUGUGACAGACGGUGACGUGUGUGAUAUUCCGCCACCCUCCACUAUUGUCGGCAGGUGGGCGAAUCGUCCCAGUACCUUGCGUUCUCAUUCUGUAUGUAUUUUGGAUGCCAUAACAUUCGGUCAGCACCCACCUGCUGCUACUGAGCCAGUGCAGAAACACUAUAUAGAGUCCAAUUGGAGUGACGUGUUUCGAUCAGCUGUUUGCUGCGCAGGAAUUCGUUAUUUUAUGAUAUUUUCUCGAUCGGCGGCGGUAGCUAGCAAAACUGAAGAAAUUAUGUGCAUGUCCGGGGUUGCCGAAGAUGAACACCGAUUGUCUCACGACCGACUCCGGAGGCUGUGAGUGUUACGUGGAUGUGCCUGAAGCGGAAUCGAUAGGAUGCGUGGAGGUAAUGGCGACGGUCUGUUCGACCAUUCUGAUGUUCCUGACAUUGCCCAUCUCGAUCUUUCUCUGCUUCAAGGUCGUGCAGGAGUAUGAACGAGCGGUUAUCUUUCGGCUGGGACGUUUGCGAUCCGGCGGUGCACGCGGGCCCGGUGUGUUCUUCGUGCUUCCCUGCAUCGACAACUAUUGCAAGGUGGAUCUCCGAACCGUUUCGUUCGAUGUGCCGCCACAGGAGGUCCUAACUCGCGAUUCCGUCACCGUGUCUGUAGAUGCCGUCGUGUACUACCGCAUCCGUGAUCCUUUAAACGCCGUUGUCCAGGUAGCGAACUACAGUCACUCAACCCGACUGCUAGCUGCCACUACACUGCGAAACGUGCUGGGUACGAGAAACCUGUCGGAGCUACUAUCGGAACGAGAGACCAUUUCCCAUUCGAUGCAGGUGACCCUGGAUGAAGCAACCGAUCCGUGGGGUGUUCAAGUGGAACGGGUGGAAAUUAAGGACGUUUCGCUGCCGGAAUCACUACAGCGAUCGAUGGCAGCUGAGGCGGAGGCCGCUCGUGAAGCCCGUGCCAAGGUGAUUGCCGCCGAGGGUGAGAUGAAGUCAUCCCGUGCACUGAAGGAAGCCUCCGACAUCAUGUGUGAGAGUCCGGCGGCUCUGCAGUUGCGUUACCUGCAAACCCUAAGCAGCAUUGCCGGCGAGAAAAACUCCACCAUAAUUUUCCCGUUGCCAAUCGAACUAAUCGGACCGCUGAUGAACAUGUCGUCCAGCUGCAUGCAGAGAGCAGCGACGCCGUCAAUCCCAACCCCGGUAGAAUAGCAUUAUCCAUUGGAAUGUAGUAUAUUUCGGUUCGAUUCCAUCUAGACGAGUCGAAUUAAGGGGAGAGGCUAGUUUUCCUUACCCACGGAAGAGGUAAAAGAGUACACCAAUUUACAGAGAAAUUACGCUAUUAUGAUCAGAAUAAUCAACGUAGUAUUCAAUGCUAAACGCAGUGUGUUUGCUGAGAAGAUAAGCCAUAUAAUUGCCAAGGUUAGUCACGCAGUCUUUUUUGCAGUAGAUGUUUUUUGUAAAUAAAAAGUUUUACACAUUAUCAGAAA